CGUGCGUCGAGAAGAAGGGAGCGCGUGAGUGAGCUCGAGCUCUCUUGGUGGCGCGUGUGUUGAGUCUCUCUCGCUUUUAUACAGUGGAGGAGCGCGAGACACGCUUUAUUCGUAGAUAUUUUCCCUCCAGAAAGAAAUCAAUUUCAAACUUUUCUCUUUCCGGACGAGGCAUAGAACUGAUUAAAAGCCUUUUUCAGAAUCUGUUCCUUUGAAAGGUCCAGGAAAAACAUGUCGGCGUCGGCGGCGAAAGUGAGUAAAAAGGAGCUGAACUCAAACCAUGACGGAGCGGACGAGACCUCAGAGAAAGAGCAACAGGAAGCAAUUGAACAUAUUGAUGAAGUACAGAAUGAAAUUGACAGAUUGAAUGAACAGGCAAGUGAGGAAAUAUUAAAGGUAGAACAGAAAUACAACAAACUACGUCAGCCAUUUUUCCAGAAGAGAUCAGAGUUGAUCGCCAAAAUCCCAAACUUCUGGGUUACGACGUUCGUUAACCACCCACAGGUGUCCGCUUUGCUUGGAGAGGAAGAUGAAGAAGCACUUCAUUACCUGACCAGAGUUGAGGUGACAGAAUUUGAAGACAUCAAGUCAGGAUACAGAAUAGAUUUUUACUUUGAUGAAAACCCAUACUUCGAAAACAAAGUCCUUUCAAAAGAGUUUCACUUGAAUGAAAGUGGCGACCCUUCUUCAAAAUCCACAGAAAUCAAAUGGAAAACAGGAAAGGAUCUAACAAAACGCUCAAGUCAGACACAAAAUAAGGCUGGUAGGAAGAGGCAACAUGAAGAACCAGAGAGUUUUUUUACCUGGUUUACUGACCACUCGGAUGCUGGUGCAGAUGAACUUGGGGAGGUGAUCAAGGAUGACAUCUGGCCCAACCCAUUACAGUACUACCUGGUCCCUGAUAUGGAUGAUGAAGAAGGAGAAGGUGAAGAGGAGGAUGAGGAAGAGGAAGAAGAGGAGGGUUUGGAGGAUAUUGAUGAGGAGGGUGAUGAAGAUGAUGGUGAGGAAGAUGAAGAAGAUGAUGAUGGAGAGGAAGGAGAGGAGGAUGAUGGGGAAGAUGACUGAACCUGAGGAGGGAUAGAUUCCAUCCCAAGUCCCUUUUACCUUGUCCCUGUUUUAAUUUUUCUCUAGUCCCUUGGGAGCAAGUUGCAUUUUUUUUUUAAUUUUUUUUUUUUUUUUUAUUUUGUGCUCAGUCUGCUUGUUCUCCUGAGAUCUAUCAACACCAUCCCUACACAAGUUUUUCAGGAAAGACAUUGGGGAAAUCUACAGUGACAGUCUCUUACUGAAGUCCUAUUUACCAUUUCCAGCUCCCACUUCUUUUGAAAGUGAAAUAAGGAAAUACUAGAGUUCGCACGCCAUCUUUUGUUUGCUGAAAAAAAGCAUUUAUAUAUAUAUAUAUAAAUAUAUUUUCUUCAGUUGAGAGCUGAAAAUCUAAAAGCCAUUGUGCAGUGAUUAUCUAGAUCUAUAGCUUUCCCCUUUCUUUCAAUAUUGUUUAGGCCCCUAGAGAUGAUGCUGUUUUUUUUUUUCCAUGUGAUUAUAUGGACAGUUAAGUACCACCAGCUCGUUCCUGUCUCCUUAUAAUAAGAUGUUGGGGUCUGUUGGGGGGUAGGUGGGGGCUAAUUGUAGAUGGUUGGCUUGGGUGGGUUCAGAUGGGAAUUUUGACACAUCACUGACUUUAGAGGGUGUAUUGAUCAAUUCAUAAAAUGUUUUACAGGCAUCCAUGAGGUUUGUGAUGACAUUUUUAAAUAAAGGAAAUAAAAAAAAAAAAUACGCAAACCUCCUCUUAAUUUUUGAGCCCUGC